AUGCCGCCCCCCAAAACAAACAUGUUGGAGGAGGUGGACUUUCAGAAGGUCUCUGAAUAUAGGUGGGAUUUAAGAGGCCAAAGUAUGGCUUUAGACCAUCACUGGUUUAAGGGAAAGCCUCAGGACUGGGAAUCUUGGUACCUGAGUUCAAGUUCCAGCUCCUCUACCAGCCCUCUCUGUAACCAUCUCCUCAGUGCCAUCAGCCAAGUGCCAGGGGCAAAGAAAUAUGAAAUUGUUUUUCCUCAAAAACUUCACACCUUACACAAAAGAGAUGUAAAGGAGGCAGAGGAAGAAGCUAACAACAAAGAGGAAAUAUACCAGUCGGAAGUGCAGUAUCGUAUUAAGUUACAUGGAGAAGAUAUAGUACUUCAUCUACAAAAAAACAAGAAUCUCUUAUCCCCAGACUACACUGAAACACUUUACUCGUCUACUGGGGAGAGGAUCACCACAAGUCCUCAGCUCAAGGAGCACUGUUACUACCAAGGGCAUAUCAUAAAUGAAAAGGAUUCUGCUGCCAGCAUCAGUACAUGUGAUGGUUUGAGGGGAUACUUUAAGCAUUAUGAUCAGAGCUACCUUAUUGAGCCCCUGAAGCUAACAGAUCAAGAGGAACAUGCUGUCUACAAAUAUGAACACAAAGAGCUUAACAGAGCUAAGAGGAGCUGUGGGAUGAAGCAUUCAGGCAGUAAAAAUGACCUCAUCCGAACCCCCAGAGCAGUGAAAAGUCAAGAGGAACAAGCCUUUCUUCAAUCUGAGAAAUUCAUUGAAUUGUACUUGGUCUUGGAUAAUGCCUUCUAUAAAAGUCACAAGGAGAAUCAGACCGUGAUAAGAACCUUGAUUUUUGAUGUGAUGAACCUACUCAAUGUGAUUUAUAACACCAUCAAGGUCCAUGUGGCCUUGACGGGUUUUGAAAUCUGGAAUGAUGCAGAUAAAAUCAAAGUGGUCCAAAAUUCAGGAGAGCUUUUUGCAAACUUUCUGGAUUGGUGUCGCAGAGACCUGUUGAAAAGAAAGGCACAUGACCAUGCUCAGUUUCUGACUGGACUCCCCUUCAACCAGCGGCUAAUGGGAGCAGCGGCCUCAAAUUCAAUAUGCUUACCAACUUCUGUCUCCAUCAUCGAGGCUCUUAGAAAAGGUAAAUUUUCACUGGUGGGAAUAAUGUCACAUGAGUUGGGACAUGUCCUUGGAAUGCCUGAUCUUCCACAUACCACCAAAUGUCCCUCUGGGAGCUGUGCGAUGAACCAAUACCUGAGCUCCAAGUUUCCCAAGGAUUUCAGCCCAUCCUGCCGCAGUCAUUUUGAGAAAUUCCUUCUGAGUAAUAAACCGAAAUGCCUCCUCAAUGUUCCAGCACCUGAAAGUAUAAUUACAAACCCAAUCUGUGGGAACGGCAUAUUGGAGAGAGGAGAAGACUGUGACUGUGGAGCCCCUGAGGGAUGUUCUAACCCUUGCUGUGAGGCGAAGACGUGCAAACUUAAAUCUCAGGCUUCAUGUAAGGCAUAAUGGGAUUCGUGACAAGAGUUAAAACUGAAGCAGUCCAGUAACCGGAGUUGGGAUAAGAAUCAGAAGUUUUGGAACUAAGAAGAACUUCAUUUUUUUUUCCAUCAUUGUGUUUUGUUGAAUUUGUAGUAGUUCUCACUCACUCUUUAAGUCAGUUAGUCUCAAGAGAACCACAUCCUCUAAAAAUCAUAGAAUGGAUUUCACAGUUCUGCCACUGACACCUAUAAGAACCAAGUCAAUGACUAUAGAAAUAUCUAUACACAUACCUAGUUAGUCUAUAUUCCUCAAUGACAAACUCUUGGGAACUUUAAGUCUCUCAUUAGACUGUCCAGAGAAAAAAAAGAACAAAAUUUGAAUUUUCAUUAGUUUUCAAACACCCCUCAAGAUCAUAACUAAAGAUUGACACUUCGAUCUGAAGUUUAUUAGGGAAAUGGGAUUAAUAACUCCUAUCAUUUUAUUCAGAUCCAGACACAAACCACUGCAGCAAUAAUAUUAUUUCAUAAUGCUUUCAUAGAUACAUUAUUUUGAGACCCAGAUAAUGUAUUUACAGGGAGGAGUGGUUUUUGGAGAACAGUGUUCAGAGGAAAAUUCAAUUUUUGCUUGGAUUUUGCACAAAGUAAGCCUUCACUAAGUGCUUUCGGAUUUGAUUCCGUAUGCUUUAAGCAUUCUUUGCACAUGAGCUUUUAGACUGUUUUCCAGAUGGGUGUAUACAAACACACACUUACAUUCUUCUCUCAUUUUACCAUUAAUCAGUGAUAAGCAUGCUUGAAAUUGAUGGGUUUUUCCCACAAUUAACCUCUGUUUCAGCCACACAUUCCUUUUAUUAGAAAUCACACAUGAACUAUUUAAGUAUUUUAAUCAAUGACUAAUUUUUUAAGCAUAUAGGGAUGGAAUAUUUGUUUUCAGCAAGAAAAUCCACAGAACGUAGUAGAAAGCCAACAUUAAAACAGGUAACAAAUGGACAAAAAGAGGUAUUAGCCUUCUGAAGAUUUUCUGCACUGUGAACCAACUGUAUUUUUAUCAGUGGAAUUGACCUCAUGGAAUGAUGUUAGUUUUUUCCUGUUACAUAAACCAAUUUUGAAUUUAAGGAAACAUCUUAAUUACUGUGAAUUGUAGGAUCACAUCUUCUGUUGGAAAGUGCAUUUUCCUUUCAUUGGUCAUGUCCAUUUAUAGAAACAGCCAUAUUAAAGA